CCACGCAGGCCAAGUUGCUGAAUCAAGGGAGCCCUCCCCAAACCGGGCGUUCCCCAGCGAGGCUUCCUUCCCAUCCUCCCGACCACGACCACUGGGGCUUUUCGUGAGCUCGGCUCUGAUCUCGCGGAAGAGUGGCACACAGGUGUUCAAAGACGCUUCUGGGGAGUCAGGGAAGCGGUUUGCCAGUGACUUGGCCGGGGCGCCGGGGGCGGGCACUGGCACUGAAUACACCCCGAGGCCAGCCCUGGCCUGCGCGUUGGUGACCGGCUGGGCGCGGAGUUGGAGAGGCGCUUUCACUUCGGAGGACUGCUCCACAACCAUGCUGGGCCUCUGGACUCUCCUAACUCUGGUUCUUAAAUUAUUUGGAUUAUUGUCCAAAAGUGUUAAUGCUCAAGUGACUGAUAUCAACCCCAAGGGGCUGGAAUUGAGGAAAGCUGUUACUGCAAUUGAGACUCAGAACUUGGAAGACCAGUAUGACGGGGGCCAAUUGUGCCAGAAGCCCUGUGGUCCAGGCGAAAAGAAAGCUAGGCAUUGCACGGGAGAUGGGGAUGAACCAGACUGCGUGCCCUGCCAAGAAGGGAAGGAAUACACCGACAAAAGUCAUUUUUCUUCCAAAUGCAGAAGAUGUAGAUUGUGUGAUGAAGAACAUGGCUUAGAAGUGGAAAUCAACUGCACCCGGACCCAGAAUACCAAGUGCAGAUGUAAACCAAACUUUUUUUGUGAUUCUGCUGUAUGUGAACACUGUGACCCUUGCAGCAUAUGUGAACAUGGAAUCAUCAAGGAAUGCACACUAACCAGCAAUGCCAAGUGCAAAGAGGAAGGAUUCAGAUCUGACUUGCUGUGGUUGUGUCUCCUUCUUUUCCUAAUUCCACUAAUUGUUUGCGGGGUGAGAAGAUGCAUAAAGCACAGAAGGGAAAACCAAGGUCAUCGUGAAUCUACAACUUUAAACUCUGAAACAGUGCCAAUGAAUUUAUCUGACGUUGACUUGAGUAAAUAUAUCACCGUUAUUGCUGAACACAUGACAAUAAGUCAAGUUAGAGACUUUGUUCGGAAGAAUGGUGUCAAUGAAGCCAAAAUAGAUGAGAUCAAGAAUGACAAUAUCAAAGACACAGCAGAACAGAAAGUUCAGCUGCUUCGUAAUUGGUAUCAGCUUCAUGGGAAGAAAGAUGCAUAUGACACUUUGAUUAAAGGUCUCAAAAAAGCCAAUCUUACUGCUCUUGCAGAGAAAAUUCAGAAUAUCAUCAUCAAGGACUCAGAAAAUUCAAACUCCAGAAAUCAAAAUGAAAACCAAAGCAUGGUCUAGAGCGAAAAACAAUGAAUUCAGUUCUCAGUAUAUACAAUUAGUGUUUGAAAAGAUUCUUAAUAGCUGGCUGUAAAUAGUGCUUGUUUUUUUACUGGGUACAUUUUAUCAUUUAUUAGCUCUGAAGAGACAACAUAUUUAUAGAUUUUUGAACAUCUAAUGAUUCUGCCUCCAAGGAUGUUUAAAAUCUAGUUGGGAAGACAAACGUUAUCAAGAGUAAAUGCAGUGGCCUGCUAAGUACUGAAAGAUUAAGAUUAUGCUCUGGUAUCUAACAUAAGAUUCUGUAGUAUGAAUGUAAUCAGUGUAGGUUAGUAUAAAUGUCUAUCCACAGGCUAACCCCAUUCCGUGAAUCAAUAGAAGAAGCUAUGACCCUUCGUUGAAAUGUCAGUUACUGAAUCAAACCACUUUGCCUCUAAAUUACCUCUGAUAAUUCUAGAGAUUUUACCAUAUUUCUAAACUUUGUUUACAACUCUGAGAGGAAAACAUUUUUGUAAAGUAUAUAUAUUUGAAUGAAGAAUUUAAAUAAGGCUCUACCUCAGACAUUUGCACAGAUUAUUGGUGUCUUAUUAUAUUGAUUUCAAAUGUGAGUUCACAUAAACAUUAAAUUAUGAUGUUCGAAUAUUAUAUAUUUGUAUGCAUUUUACUGGCUCAAAAUCAUUUACUUCUUUCUCAGGUAUCAAAGAAGCCAGAGAGUAUUACUAGAGCUUUGCCACCUCUCCAGUUUCUCCUUGGUGCUCAUCUUAAUGACCUAAUACACCCCAAACAUGAAAGUAUCACCAAAAAAAGUACUGAAUAAUCUAACAAAAGGCAAGACUGCCCUUAGAAAUUCUAGCCUGGUUUGGAGAUAUUAACUGCUCUCAGAGAAGGUAGCUUUGUGACAAAUCAUGAACCCAUGUCUAUCAUCAAAGAUGAUAAAAUAGAUUCCUGUUUUUAUCCCCUGCCCCCUGAAAUGUUCAAUAAUGUCCCAUGUAUUUUGUUACAAAUGGCAGCUUAUACAUACCAAUGGUAAAAUCAACAUCUGGAUUUAGGAAUUGCUCUUGUCAUGCCCUGAAGGUUCUGAGACUUACAAGCCUUCUCCUUAAUGCUAUCCUACAUUUAAAUAUCUUUGAAAGUUUGUAUUAAAUGUGAAUUUUAAGAAAUAAUAUAUUUCUAUAAAUGUAAACUGUGAAGAUAGUUAUAAACUGAAGCAGAUAUCCAGAACUACAUAAAGAACUUCCAUUUAUGGAGGAUAUUUUUGCCCCUUAUGUUUGGAAAUAUAUAGGUAAAAAUACUUAAUAUACUAAAUUAUAAUGUUUUUGGUA